AUGUGGAUGAAGGCUUUCAACGGAAUGCGCGUAAACUACUUUGUGAGACAAUUGCGUAUGUGCAACUUGCGGUGUCUGUCUACGAAGAGGCGAACCAGGUACUCAAAAGCAGCCGUAAAUUACAAAGACCCGGAUAUUGUGAAAUGGAACAAAGCUAUUUCUACCCACAUGCGCAAUGGCCACUGCUACUCCGCUCUCCAUGUUUUCAAUUCCAUGCCUCGUCGAAGCUCUGUCUCUUACAACGCCAUGAUAUCUGGGUACUUGAGGAACGGAAAAUUUGACCUUGCAAGGGAUCUGUUUGACAAAAUGCCUGAGAGGGACUUGUUUUCCUGGAAUGUAAUGCUCACGGGAUGUGUUAGGAACCGCAGACUUGGGGAUGCCCGCAAAGUAUUUGAUUUAAUGCCUGAAAAGGAUGUUGUUUCGUGGAAUGCCAUGUUAUCUGGGUAUGCUCAGAAUGGGUAUGUUGAUGAGGCAAGGAAGGUUUUUGAUAGGAUGCCCGGUAAGGAUUCCAUCUCCUGGAAUGGGCUGCUUGCCGCAUAUGUUCAGAAUGGGAGAACUGAGGAGGCUUGUCGGUUGUUUAAGUCGAAAUCAGACUGGAAUUUGAUUUCUUGGAAUUGUUUGAUGGGCGGAUAUGUGAAGAGGAAGAUGUUGGGUGAUGCUAGGCAGCUUUUUGACAAAAUGCCUAUUAGGGAUGAAGUUUCCUGGAACACAAUGAUUUCAGGUUAUGCCCAGGAUGGAAAUAUGUCAGAAGCUAGGAGAUUGUUUGACAAAUCUCCAAUACGGGAUGUGUUCACGUGGACAGCAAUGGUGUCUGGAUAUGUGCAGAAUGGAAGGUUGGAUGAAGCAAAAAAAAUUUUUGAUGAAAUGCAUGAGAAAAAUGAGAUUUCAUACAAUUCGAUGAUCACCGGUUAUGUGCAAUGCAAGAAAAUGGACAUGGCAAGGGAAUUGUUUGAGGCAAUGCCUUGUCGUAAUAUAAGUUCAUGGAAUACCAUGGUUACUGGCUAUGGACAGAAUGGUGAUAUAGCUCAGGCUAGGAAAUUGUUUGAUAUGAUGCCACAACGUGAUUGUGUUUCUUGGGCGGCUAUUAUUGCUGGUUAUGCUCAGAAUGGUCACUAUGAAGAGGCUUUGAACAUGUUUGUGGAGAUGAAACGAGAUGGAGAAAGUUUAACUAGGGCUGCCUUUAGUUGUGCUUUGAGCACAUGUGCUGAUCUUGCUGCUUUGGAUUUAGGCAAACAAGUCCAUGGGCAGGUGGUGAAGACGGGAUAUGAGACUGGGUGUUUCGUGGGGAAUGCACUUCUUGGAAUGUAUUUUAAGUGUGGCAAUAUAGGUGAAGCUAAUGAUGUGUUUGAAGGAAUAGAGGAGAAAGACAUCGUCUCUUGGAAUACAAUGUUAGCUGGUUAUGCUAGGCAUGGAUUUGGCGGACAGGCUUUAAUGAUAUUUGAGUCAAUGAAGGCAGCAGGUGUUAAACCCGAUGAGAUUACUAUGGUUGGUGUUCUAUCUGCUUGUAGUCACACUGGCUUGACUGACAAGGGAACUGAAUAUUUUUAUUCCAUGAAUAAGGAUUACGGUGUAACGCCAACUUCAAAACAUUAUACUUGCAUGAUUGAUCUUCUUGGCAGAGCUGGCCGCUUGGAAGAAGCACAGAACUUAAUGAGAAACAUGCCUUUUGAGCCAUGUGCUGCAUCAUGGGGAGCUCUACUCGGUGCAAGCCGGAUUCAUGGCAAUACUGAACUGGGUGAGAAGGCUGCUGAGAUGGUUUUUAAGAUGGAACCUCAUAACUCCGGAAUGUAUGUUCUUCUUUCAAAUCUAUAUGCUGCUUCGGGCAGAUGGGUUGAUGUUGGUAAGAUGAGAUUAAAAAUGAGGGAUGUUGGUGUACAGAAAAUACCUGGGUAUAGUUGGGUUGAGGUACAAAACAAGAUUCAUACAUUCACGGUUGGGGAUUGUUUCCACCCUGAAAAAGAUAGAAUAUAUGCCUUCUUAGAAGAGUUAGAUCUAAAAAUGAAGCUUGAAGGGUAUGUUUCUUCAACAAAAUUGGUUUUGCAUGACGUGGAAGAGGAAGAGAAGGAGCAUAUGCUCAAGUAUCACAGUGAGAAAUUAGCUGUAGCGUUUGGAAUUCUGACUAUACCAGCUGGCAGACCAAUUCGUGUCAUGAAAAACUUGCGUGUUUGUCAAGACUGUCAUAAUGCCAUCAAGCACAUAUCCAAGAUUGUUGGAAGGUUUAUAAUCUUAAGGGAUUCUCACCGCUUUCAUCACUUCAAUGAGGGUGUUUGUUCUUGUGGGGAUUAUUGGUAAGAAUGGAGAGACAUGAUGAAAAUUUAGCUAAGGACAUGUAUCAGCUGUACUAUCUGGGCCCAUUUAUAUGUGUUUGAAGAAGUGCUCAAAGCAGUGAGAAGCGCAUUUAUAUCUUCCCUGUUGGUUAUGGAAUUAUUGUCCAUGUGAAUGAAUCAAACUGACAGGGUGAAUAGAAAAUUUGAGUUAGUUGGACGACGACUUUAGAAUGACAAAGAGGUAUCAUGUCUGAUGGAAGUUGGAAUACGGCAUCUCUUUGAAUUAUAUCACAGAAUGCAAAUCACAGAGAAGAUAAAAAGAUUGCAUAACAUGCAAAGAAUAAAUCGAAGUGUAAGCUGAAUUAUGAGAAAUUGCUCUUCAUAAAAUAUUUGGCAACUUGUCAUAGCACUGCUACACAAGAAAGAAACCUGGGCGCCACAGCAACUCCUAGCAAGCAUGGCCUGCCACUCACCCAUUUUGCCUAUUCAAAUGGAAAAAGUGUGUUAUUUUAAAGGAUGUAAAAUUAUGUCAUUUUAAGUGAGAGAAAGAGAUAGAUGAUGGGGAAGAGAGAAUGGACAAAAAAAUAAUAAU